GCCCCCCCAGUUCACAGUUCAUCCCAGGCCACCUCUGUUGACGACCUCGGUGACCUUGAGAUCAGGCGAGAUCACGUGAUUGGACCACCGUGAGAUCACGUGACGGGCGUCGCGUGGCUCCAGCGAGGGGCGCGUGGCUCUCCCCACUGCAGGUCUGUUCGGAGCGGACGGGCCCACGCGGAGGGGUCGGAGGAAGAGGAGGCGGAGGGGAGAGAGCACCGGCGGUCAGAGAGGCAGAGCACCAUGGCAGGGAACGCCGAGAGCGAGCUGCGCCUGGGCGAGACACUGGCUGAGGGGAAGACCAAGGUGAUUCGUGCAGCUACCGACCACCCUGGUCAGGUGUACCUGGUGGCCAAGGACGCCAUCACGGCCCACAACGGCGUCAGGAAGGGUCAGAUGGAGGGCAAGGGCGUCAUCGCCUCGGCGACCUGCGCCGCCGUCUUCAGAUACCUGGAGACAGUCGGCAUUCGGACGGCGUUUGUGGAGCAGGCCUCCGAUAACGCACUGCUGUGCCGCGGCUGCGACAUGGUGCCCAUCGAAUGGGUCACCCGGCGCGUCGCCACCGGAUCCUUCCUGAAGCGUAACCCGGGCGUCAAGGAGGGCUACCGCUUCACGCCGCCCAAACAGGAGCUCUUCUUCAAGGAUGACGCUCAGGGCGACCCUCAGUGGAGCGAGGAACAGGUGCUGGCCGCCGAGUUCACGUGCGCCGGCGUUCGGAUCGGUCCCGACGAGCUGCGUCUGAUGCACAAGACCACUCUGGCCGUGUUUACCGUGCUGGAGAAACUCUGGGCUAGCCUCGGUGUUGCGCUCAUCGACAUGAAGAUCGAAUUCGGCGUCGACAAAGAGUCAGGUGACAUCCUGGUGGCUGACGUCAUCGAUAAUGACUCGUGGCGCCUGUGGCCGGCCGGUGACAAGCGACUGAUGAAGGACAAACAGACGUUCCGUGACGCCGAGACCGUGACGCCCGAGGUGAUGCUGGACCUGAAGAAAAACUACCAGUGGGUGGCCGACCAGCUGGCCUCCUUCAACGCCAACCGACACCAUCUGGCUGUCAUCAUCAUGGGCUCUCCGUCUGACGCGGAGCACUGCGCCAAGAUCCGCCGCCACCUGACCGACCUCGGCAUCUCGACUGAUGUGCGCGUCUCAUCGGCACACAAAACCACGGAGGAGACACUGCGCAUCGUCGCCGAGUAUGAAGGCGGCCCGGACCCGGUGGUGUUUAUUGCCGUGGCCGGCCGCAGUAACGGCCUGGGCCCGGUGCUCUCCGGUAACACGGCCUUCCCGGUCAUCAACUGCCCGCCGGCGCCGGUCGUCGACGCCGACGUCUUCUCGUCGCUGCGCACGCCGUCGGGCCUGGGCUGCAGCACGGUGCUGUACCCGGAGGCGGCGGCGCUGGCCGCCGCGGCCGUGUUCGGGAUGCACGACCCGACCUUGUGGUCGCGGCUGGCCGUGCGCCGGCUCACCAGCUGGUGUAAACUGAACGCGGCAGAUGUCGGCCAGCGGACCGCCACCGGCCGACUGUGAGUGAGCGCAGGGAGCUGACCGCAAUCACCGGUCACCGAGACAACAGGUCACAGCUCACCGAGACCACGAGUCACCAGGUCACCGGGUCACCUGGCGACUGAGGCAUCAGGUCGCCGGGUGGGUUAGUUACCAGCCGUCGAGUGAAUGCAAUUAUCGUCUCAUGCCGUGGAAUUUGAUGUCAAUGCUCGGCAGUGCAGCCGUCGGCAUGGAGAUUGGCGGAAUUUGUUACAAAACUAUUCUUCUGGCUUCGGUUGGAAUUGUCGUUGUGUCAACGUUGGCCGACAUCCGAUUUUGUGGCGUAGACGAAAAUCACAUGAAGAAAAGACUCAUUCGCUCGCUCGUUCCGUUGCUCUUUUCCUUGAUCAACUCGUUCUUCUUUAGGAAGACUAUCUGAGUGAAGAUUCUUUUGAACCAUGACUGCCUACUGUGACAUUAUUUGUUCGUUGACUGAUGGCAUUGUAAUGCGAUGAAUUUACUACAUUAUUUACCAUGAUUUAGUAACUACACUGAUACAAACCUUUUCGCCCUGCCACCUUAUGCCUACCCCAUGUUUAGGUGGUUGAUUACUGAAUGCUUUUUUUCUCUACUAAAUACAACUCGUCAAAAUACAGGACUC